AGAAGAAGAUUCAGCCGUAGAAGAAGAGUGGGACCUGCUAUUCAGCCGUAGAAGAAGACGUGUGUCCGCCGCGGCCUGGUGUUCCGUUCUGUUUUCUGUUUGCAGUUCGGGCUUCGCUGGCAGUUAAAGUUUUUUAUUCGACAGUAAACCGUCCGGACCGGCUGCAGGUGGACAUGGAGCCUCCUGGACUCCUGCUGGAGGAUGGGGGUGAGGAGGGAAGGUGGAGGGAGGUGGGCUGCCAGUGGGAGAGUCCUGGGGAAGAGGAGGUGAGGAGGAAGGAGGUGGGCUGUCAGAGCGACCUGGCCGAAAGGAGAGACGCCGGCGUCCAGGUGGACCUGCUGACUCAGCAGCUCAGCUGGAGACACUCAGGUUCGUCUCCGAUGCUGCUGCAGUGCUUCGCUGUCAGACCUGAUGGACCAGACGGGGGCGCUCUGCUGCAGCACUGCACCACCAGCCAGACCAGGACCAGAACCAGAACUGUCCGACCUGCCUUAAAACCCUCAACAAAACCCACCCAGACCAGGACUCAGACCCGGAGGAGACCGCCUCCACAGAGCUCCACCAAACGAAGCCGGCGACAGCGCUGUGAGUCACCUGACCCUGACGUCCAACAGGAGGAAGAGGAAGAGGAGGAGGAGGAGGAGGAGGAGGAGGUGGAGGAGGAGGUGGUCGCUGUGGAGGAGGACUCGGGUGAUCCUACCUGGACUCCACCUGAAGGAGAUGUCGAGUCGACUCCCUCGACUCUCGGAGACCUGCAGCUGGACUCCGAGUCCCAGCAUGCACCUCUUUCUGCGGUGAAGCUGGAGCCCGACAGCACUGUGUGUGACGUUUGUGGUAAAGUGAUGAAGAACAAGUCGAGCCUGGCCCGGCAUUCCUUCAUCCACACGGGAAAGAAGCCGUUUGCCUGCCACCUCUGCGACCUGCACUUCAACCGCCGUGACAACCUUCAGCACCAUCUGAACCGGCUGCACCCCAACGGUGUGGCCAAGCUGGAGAAGCAGCGGGAGGUUCAGGCGUGGCUGUGCGCCGUCUGCGGGAAAACCUUCAGCUGCAGGUCGAGGCUGAAGACUCACGAGGUGAUCCACUCUGGAGUCAAACCGCACCGCUGCGACCUCUGCCCCAAAGCCUACAUGAGGACCAACGACCUCGAGCACCACAAGAAAAUCGUCCACGUGGAUGGUGCCACCGAGCCCCAGCGGCCGAGCUCGCUGCUCUGCGACUUCUGCGGCAAAGAGUUUAAAUGCAGGUCACAGCUCGCCAUCCACUUCCAGACCCACACUGGGGAACGGCCGCACCUCUGCGACAUCUGCGGACGCAAGUUUGGCCGUCAGUACCAGCUUAAACGCCACAAGCUCAUGGUUCAUGCCAACCAGCUGAGCGGCGAGGAGAACCUGCCGCCUGAUGCGCCGUUCGCCUGCAGCAUCUGUGGGAAGCGACUGAAGUCUGAAGCGCUGCUCGCCGCUCACUACCGCAUCCACACGGGCGACAAGCCGCACCGCUGUGGCAUCUGUCUGCGCAGCUUCCAACGCGCCACCUGCCUGAAGCAGCACCACGUCCGAGUGCACCUGAAGGUGAAAGCCAACGAUUCGCCGCACGCCACUGCACGCCAGAAGAGCGCCACAACAGCGAAGGCGUUCCCCUGCUCAGUCUGCGGCAAGGUCUUCAAAUUCAGAUCUCUGCUAGCGAGUCACUCCAUGAUCCACAGCGAGAGCCGACCGUUCGCCUGCGAUUUCUGCAGCCGCAGCUUCCGGCGCCUCAGCCACCUGAAGAGGCACCGCGAGGUCGUCCACGCCAACGGAGCGCGCCUGCCGCAGAGCUUCAUCUGCCACAUCUGCGGCAAAGACAAGAAGUGCCGCUCGCAGCUCGCCAGACACGUCAUCAUCCACACUGGGGAGCGGCCGUUCGCCUGUGACCUCUGCGGCGCCCGCUUCAACCGCCACGGCAAUCUGCAGCAGCACAAGACGCGCAUGCACUGCGUGGAAAAGCCGUCAGACCAGGAGGCCCCGCCCAUUUUGUUUGACGACGACUUGGCGGCUGCUCUGACGUACAAGCAGGAGGAGACUGUGGUGGCCGUCGAUGGCACGGCCGAACAGCUGGACGCCAUGGCAACGGAAGAGAUGGACGCCGAUCAGCAGCUGGACGCCACCUGAAAUAAAACUGAUGUGAGCACGGUCAGUGUCUUUCUGGACCUGUAAGUGAUGAUGUCACACGAUCUGUGUGAGUUCUGGUGGAACCUUCUGGAUGGUUCCAAUAAGAGAGAUGAUUGGACCGUGGACUGAUCGAUUGGACCGUGGACUGAUCGAUUGGACCGUGGACUGAUCGAUUGGACCGUGGACUGAUCAGAGUUCCUUCAACUCAGCUGAACCUUUACAUCGUCCUGAGCUUUCAGUCGUAUCACAUGGUUUUCUACAGCACAGAUCAAUUGGUUGUUUUAUUGGUGACGGACAGAAACAACAGACUAGAGUGAUUGUUAGUUGAUUGAUCCUUGAAUUAAUCAGUCACAUGCCAAUAUAUUUGAGAGCUGUUUCCAUGGUGACCGGAACUCCUGUGAGUGUUCCGGUUAAUCAGGUUAAACGACUGGGUUGAGUUAACGGGCUAAUUGGGUUCAAUGUUUGGUUUGAAAUGUGACAGGAGAGAGAAACAUCCAUUAAAGGAACAUGGAAGGAUCUUAAA